AUGUAGUUGUGGCUAAUGCAUUUCAUCUUCAAGCUCUACAGGAAACGUCCCCUACUGAAGGCGUUUCAUCUUCAAGCUCUACAAAGGUAAGAAACGUUUUAGAUGCCCAAUUUAUAGUAUAUUUAUAUCAUGUCAACAUUUUAUCUGAAAUGUGCGAUGUGGCAUACAGAUGAGCACCAAGUUUGGAGACCUGUUUGCGCUCUCAGGGCCUGCGCCGGAGAUCAUCAAUGGAAGGGCGGCUAUGUUGGUGUUCGUGUCGGCCAUUGCAGUGGAGGUGGCGAGUGGAAGAGAUUUGUUGUCGCAACUGAAUAGUGGAGGACUGUCGUGGUUUGCGUUAAUUGCAGGAUUAAUGACGGUGGGGACACUGGUGCCCCUGUUCAAUGGAAUAUCGAGGGAGAGCGAGUCGCAGCAAAUAUUUUCAUCCACAGCAGAAAUGUGGAAUGGGCGCUUUGCUAUGCUUGGCCUCCUGGCAUUGGCCUUCACUGAAUACGUCAAGGGCGGACCACUUGUGUAAACACCAUAAUAGUUCUUCCUGUUCAAACAUAGACAUCAAUAUUGAAAGCUCUUAAAUGGCAUUCCAUGCUCUAGUGGAGUUUUCUUGUACUGUUUAGCAUGUCAAAUGGCGCAUGGUUCUCUACUGAGGGAAUUAGGCAUCGGGAAAUGGUGCUGGAGCCGCCGAGCUUCUGGUUGGAAUUUGAGCGGACUGUGUCGAAGUAGAAGCAGGGAAGAUGUCGUUUCUUGGGGAGGCUUUUUUCGACUCUGAAUCAGCCUGCUA